AUGGAGUCCUGGCCGCGCCUUUUCGCCCACACUCUUCCCGUGCUCGUGCUCGUGCUCAUGGCCUACUGGAUGGGAAGCGGCUUGACCGCUUUUGCAGUCAAAGACGGAGUCGUGACAGUCAACGACAUGUCUGGAUUCUCAUGGACUCACGGAGACGCGCGCGUGUUCAACUGGCACCCGCUGCUCAUGACCUUCGGCUUUGUCGUUUGCUCCAUGCAGGCAGCUCUCGCGUACAUCUCCCUGCCGUUCAGCCACGAAGUCAAGAAGCGCAUCCAUCUGUCGCUGCACGCGCUGGGGUUCCUGAGUGCCGUGCUAGGGGCGAUCGCGGUCUUCCGCUUCCACAACGAGCACAACAUUACCAACCUCUACAGUCUCCACAGUUGGCUCGGACUCAUGGUCGUGCUCGGCUUUGUAGCGCUCUGGGUCGGCAGCUUUGCCGUGUUUGUCUACCCGGGAGCACAGGACCACGUCCGCGCCUUUGCUGCGCCGUACCACAUUGGCCUGGGGCUGACGCUCGUCGCGCUCGUCGUCGCGACCGUCGAGACGGGCAUUCUCGAGAAGCUCUCGUUCAACAACAGCUGCAACGUGAGCGGCCUGUUGUACGGCAGGGCCGUCAAGGGCCACAUGGCGCCCGACUGCGUGACGGGCAACGUCAUUGGUCUGCUCGUGGCUCUGUCGCUGGCCGCGCUGGUCGUCACGAUCUGGCACGCCAAACACGCCAAGUCGAAGACGCUGCACAGGGACGAGACGACGCCACUACUGCUGGACAGCUAA